AUGGGAUUCAUUGACGAGAAAAAUCUUCUUGUUGGGGUUCUAGAACCUAUAACAAACCGAAUUCGAGAGGCAAAUGAACGCCCAAAGGCAUUUGCUAAGCUUCAGAAAACUGUCAACUCGACACUGGCGCUCAUUGAUUCCUUCUCUUUUCUGGCUGAAAAGAGCCAAAAUCUCUCUUUUCAUCUGCAUUUGGCACGCCUUAAGCUUUCCGAGCUCGAUGCUGCGUCGCUUUCGAGCAAGAACGAAACCAUUAAUUUAAACGAAAUCGGAGAACAUACAGUGGACAGUAAAGUUAACAUCGCAGAAACUAAAGAGACUAAAGAAAAAUUGGAGAAGAACGAAUCUCAACUUCCUCUAACAGCUCCGACUCAAUUAGAGGACAACUUCUUUUCGAUUUACGUUAAUACUGAAGACAUUGAUCAUGCUCUAUCAGUCAUUGGAACAAUCAAGGCAUGGCAGCAAGACGCUGAGAUUCGACAAGCUAACACUGCUCUUGAUCGGCCACCUGCAAUCAUGAGUUCCGAGAUACAGAUAAAGACGAACCAAGUGAAUACAGAGUAUUCAUAUCUCGUGGGUCGUGUCAACCUAUGGCGUAAUGAGUAUAUUCGGCUAUCACGCGAGCUGGAUGCUGAAAAUGCUAAAUUGCUUCAGAGGCAAAGAUCCACAGAUAUUUCAGAGCAAGAUGCUUCAAGUAAAACUCCAACUAGUGAUGCUGAUGGGCCAGAGUUAAGUGAGGACAAGAUACCUUUGCUGAGUAAGUCUUUGCAUAAGCUCCUAUUUCUCUUUUUUUCAUUUCAAAAAAGACAAUUUUUUCUUUCGAAUUUAUACAUAAUUAACUGGCUACCUAUAUAUAAAUAUCUAAAAGCUCGUAUAUACACUUGUGUAUACAUGUUUAUUCAUGUAAGAGUGUGUGCUAAUUUUAUGCUGACGCUGUUUCCGAGGUAA